ACUUGGUUUGACCGAUGGCAGGUCUGACCGUGACCGGUUAAUGUAUACUUGCAGGCUACUCCAGGGUAAAAACGAGAUGUUGUCAAACACGUCGUUUUUUAUGGAGCAAACCGCUGAAAACAAACAAAAAAAGCAAUGAAAACAACUCGCUUUCCUACAAACCGUACGAUAAAAACAAAGAAAGAACCGUAUAAAAUCAAACAACACGUCUCUACAUAGUCUAGAAACAGAGCUGUUCUUACACAAUGAAUUAGGUUUGCUUGUUUAGACACGAGGAGUGCAGAUGGGUCAUAAUAACCACAUAGUAUUUCUGGAAUGAUUUUCUUGAAUGUAUUAUCCACGCCGCAUAUUCUUUGAAUGCCACCAUCCCUUUUAUCAAUGAAAUCAAAGCGUCUUAACUGAUUUUUGUCUUAGAAGGGACAACCGUCGUAGAUGCGAAAAUCUUGAGUUAGCUUACACGUCGCACGGAGACGCAGAGUAAAUCUGCAAGGUCCGUUUGAACUCUACUAACCCUUUGGUCUCGCCGUAUUAUUUUUUUUUUUGCAUCUGACUAAAAGGGGGGUUGAAUGAAUUACUCGCUUUUGGCUGAAUCCGAGAGCCCGGCCUCUUUUUCUCAUUGGACUGCUCAGCCAGACCAAGCCGUCAGCCCAUGUGGCGUGGCCGGGCACAAUAAUCGACGCUGUACCCCCCGCCCACUGUGGCGCAACUAGCGGAAUAAACCGGAGAACACAUGCCCCAGAAGCGCCUUAGCAUCCCAUCCAAGCGUUUGUUGCUCGUUACUUAAAAGGAAGGAAUACGACACAGAAAUACAUCAUGGAUGAAAUAGUCAUUGCAGGUAUAUCGGGCCGCUUGCCCGAGUCCAACAACCUGGAGGAAUUUUGGGAUAAUCUCAUCAAUGGGGUGGACAUGGUGACAGAGGACAAUCGCAGGUGGACACCAGGCCUUUACGGUCUGCCAAAGAGGAACGGCAAACUGAAAGACAUCAGCCAUUUCGAUGCCGCCUUCUUUGGAGUUCAUCCCAAACAAGCUAACACCAUGGACCCUCAGCUCCGUCUCAUGCUGGAGGUCGCUUACGAGGCUAUAGUUGAUGGAGGACUGAACCCCACCACUCUGCGCGGCAGUAAAACGGGCGUCUACAUUGGGGUGAGCGGUUCAGAGGCCGGGGAGGCAUUGAGCAGAGACCCAGAGGAGCUUCUCGGCUACAGCAUGACCGGUUGCCAGCGUGCCAUGUUGGCCAACAGACUCUCCUACUUCUUUGAUUUCAACGGCCCCAGCACAGCCAUCGACACAGCCUGCUCCUCCAGCUUACUAGCGUUAGAAAAUGCUUUCCAAGCCAUCCGCUUGGGUCACUGCGACGCCGCCUUGGUCGGGGGCGUCAACUUACUACUCAAGCCAAACACCUCGGUGCAGUUCAUGAAACUCGGCAUGCUAAGUCCAGACGGCACCUGCAAGUCCUUCGAUUCCUCAGGUAAUGGAUACUGUCGCUCUGAGGCGGCGGUGGUGGUGCUGUUGACAAAGCGGUCGGCGGCUAAGAGAGUUUAUGCCACGGUGUUGAAUGCCGGAAACAACACAGAUGGAUACAAAGAACAGGGAGUAACGUUUCCUUCCGGCGAGAUGCAGCGGAAUCUCGUUCAUUCUCUCUAUCAAGAGGCAAAUAUCACACCUGAGCAGGUUGAGUACAUUGAAGCCCACGGCACCGGAACAAAGGUCGGUGACCCGCAGGAAGUUGGCGGGAUUGUCAGUGUGUUCUGUCAAUCAAAUCGAGGGCCACUGCUUAUCGGGUCCACCAAGUCCAACAUGGGCCAUCCAGAACCGGCGUCUGGGCUGGCUGCCAUAGCAAAGGUUUUGCUCUCUCUGGAGAAAGGAGUGUGGGCCCCCAACCUCCACUUCAACAGUCCGAACACUGACAUUCCUGCCCUCACCGAUGGCCGCGUGCAAGUGGUUGACCGGCCAAUACCUGUUCGCGGCGGCAUCGUAGGCAUUAACUCUUUUGGAUUCGGAGGUUCAAAUGUUCACGUCAUCCUUCGUCCCAACGAGAGAAGCGCUCAGACGCAGGGUGACACCGGCGCACCGACCAGGACGGUCCCUCGUCUGCUUCAAGCUUGCGGCCGGACAGAGGCUGCUGUGAACUCUCUGCUCCAAAAAGCAAAGGAAAACAGUUUGGAUGAUAACUUCCUGUCUUUGCUCAAUGGAGUGUCUGGAAGUCCCGCCGCCGCUAUGCCCUAUCGAGGCUACACACUGAUCGGCUCUCAGACUGACAGCACUGAAGUGGAGCAGGUGCAGGCCACACCCAGACCUCUCUGGUACAUAUGCUCAGGCAUGGGGACACAGUGGGCGGGAAUGGGUCGCAGCCUCAUGCAGCUACCAGACUUCAGAAAAUCCAUCAUGCGCUCGGACAUGGCCCUGAAGGAAACGGGCCUGGUCGUGUCCCAACUUCUCAUGGAGGCCGAUGAAGCGGCUUUCGAAGAUACCGUACAUUCCUUUGUUGGUCUCGCUGCCAUACAGGUAGCUCAGAUAGACCUGCUCACUAAGUUGGGUCUUCAGCCCGACGGCAUUGUGGGCCACUCGGUGGGAGAGCUGGCUUGCGGCUACGCAGACGGUUCCCUCAGCCAGGAGGAAGCCAUCCUGGCUGCGUACUGGAGAGGGCGUUGCAUCAAAGAGGCCGAGCUUCCUCCUGGAGGCAUGGCUGCAGUGGGUUUGACCUGGAAGCAGUGUAUCGCUCAAUGUCCCAAGGGCGUCGUCCCAGCCUGCCAUAAUGCCGAGGACACGGUCACCAUCUCUGGUCCUCAGGAGGCGGUCAGCAAGUUUGUGGCCGAGCUCAAAGAGCAGGGAGUGUUUGCAAAGGAGGUGCGCAGCGCCGGUGUAGCUUUCCACUCGUACUACAUGGCAUCCAUCGCUCCAGCCCUCUUAGCUGCCCUCAAGAAGGUCAUUAAGAGUCCGAGGCUGCGUUCAUCCCGUUGGGUGAGCACCAGCAUCCCUCAGUCGGAAUGGGACACUCCCCUGGCGCGUUACAGUUCGGCCGACUAUCAUGUCAACAACCUCGUGAGCCCGGUGCUGUUCCACGACGGCCUCAGCCUGGUGCCCGACAAUGCCGUUGUGUUGGAGAUAGCGCCUCAUGCUCUUCUUCAGGCCAUCCUGAAGCGUAGCCUGAAGCAAUCAUGUACUUCACUUCCCCUCAUGAAAAGAGGUCAUCCCAAUAACCUGGAUUUUUUUCUCUCAAACAUUGGCAAACUUUACUUGAAUGGCAUCAACGUGGAUGUUAACACUUUGUGUUCCGAAGUGAAAUACCCCGUGCCAGUUGGCACCCCGAUGAUUUCUCCCUUGGUGCAGUGGGACCAUUCUCAGACAUGGGAUGUCCCCAAGGUGGAGGAUUUCUCCUCUGGCUCUGGAUCGAAUUCCGCCAUUGUCUACAGCAUCAACAUGAAUCCGGAAUCUCCAGAUUAUUAUCUGAUCGGACACUGCAUCGAUGGGCGUGUCGUUUACCCAGCGACGGGUUACUUGGUGCUGGCCUGGCGUACCUUAGUGAGAAGUCUAGGAGUUGCCAUGGACACGACGCCUGUGACGUUUGAUGAUGUCACCAUCCACAGGGCCACAAUUCUCCCAAAUAUGGGUGUUGUCCAGUUGGAAGUGCGUUUAAUGCCUGCCACCAACAAGUUUGAAAUUUCAGAGAAUGGAGACCUGGCCGUCAGUGGAAAAGUUAGCGUUCUGGAGGAUGCGGCUUUAGAUGCGUUCCGUAGUCAAUUGAACCAGGAUACUCUGAAAACCAGCGAGGACACCAAACGGAAACUUCUGGCACACGAUGUCUACAAGGAACUGCGACUGCGCGGCUAUGAGUAUGGCAAGACUUUCCAAGGCAUCUUGGAAUCUAACAAUGCCGGUGACAAUGGGAAGUUGCAGUGGAUGGGGAACUGGGUCAUUUUUCUGGAUACCAUGCUGCAGAUGAUUGUUGUCGGGCUCUCCGGUCGGAGUCUACGUGUGCCAACCAGGAUUCGCUCGGUAUGCAUCGAUCCCGCUAUCCAGCAGGAAAAGGUCGGCGAGUAUGCUGACGGGAAACUAGCUGUAACGGUCCACCUCAACCGCUACCUCGACAAAAUCACCGCCGGUGGAGUGCAGAUCAGCGGCCUUCAUGCGACUGUGGCGCCCCGUCGACAGCAGCAGCAGCAGAACCCCCCCACCCUGGAGGAGUUCCUGUUCGUUCGCUAUGUGGAGACGGAGUGCCUUGCAAACGACAGGAAACUUGUAGAGCAGCUGACGCUUUGCAAAGGCUUAAUCCACAAACUGCAGCAAAAGAUGGCCCCUCAUGGACUCAAGCUCUGCAUCCCAGGGCUACACGGGGUGUCGGAAAGCUCGCCUCCGGGCCCUGAAUCCUCUGGGCCCGGCUUGAUUCGGUUACUCACCAUGCUCUGUGAUCUGGAGCUGAAUGGGAACCUGAGUUCAGAGCUGGCGCAGACGGUGGGAAACGAAAGGGCGUGUCUUCUGCAAGACGGUCUGCUGCGCGGUCUUCUGGAUGGCCCGGCACUCAGACACUGUGUGGACAUUGCCAUGGAAAACAGCGCGCCUGGCAAGAUCAAAGUCUUGGAAGCACUAUCCAGUGAUGGUCAGCUCUUCUCCCGUGUAGUCGGACUCCUGAAUAUCCAGCCCAUGUUGCGUGUGGAUUAUGUUGCCACAGCAACGAACCAGGACCUUCUCGCCCCCCACCAGAUCCACCUGGAGGAGCUUGCGGUCACAACAGCACAGUGGGACCCUCUCUUGGGCCCAGCACCGGGAGGUUCAGUGGGAGCAGCUGACCUGGUGGUGUGUAACCACGCCUGGGGCCCUUUAAGGGGAGACCCUCAUCGGCUGGUGACAAAUCUAGCUUCUGGAGCCAGGCAAGGAGGAUUUGUUCUCCUGCACGCAUUGCUUAAGGGGGAUACCCUUGGGGAAACCGUAAGCUUCCUCUCCAGAGUCAACGACACCACCAGUAAGCAAGGACUCCUCACACAGGCUGAAUGGGAGAAAGUCUUUUCCGAGGCUUCACUCACCCCGGUGGCUGUCAGGAAGUCUUUUUAUGGCUCGGCGCUCUUUCUAUGCCGCCGGCUGGGUCCUGCCAAGCAACCAGUUGUCCUCGCGGUUGACGGUGCCGACUACAAGUGGGUCGAAACGCUCAAGGGAACACUUGCAGAGUCCUCAGACUCGCCGGUGUGGUUGACUGCUUCUCAGCCCCACUGUGGCAUUGUGGGAAUGGUCAACUGUCUGCGGCAGGAACCCGGCGGCCUCCGAAUACGAUGUGCGUUUGUGUCAAAUCUAAACGGCUCAUCAGAAGCGCCGACGCUCCAGGUUGACGAUCCAUCCAUGCAGGCGGUGCUCAAGGGCGACCUUGUCAUGAACGUAUUCCGAGACGGAUGCUGGGGCGUCUUCAGACACCAACUCAUGACUCUUGACGGAAACGAAGAGUUGACGCAGCACGCCUAUGUCAAUGUAUUGACUCGGGGAGACCUUUCGUCACUGAGAUGGAUUGCCUCGCCGCUCCGCCAUUUUGUGCCCGGCGACCCGAACGUGGAGCUGUGUCGCGUCUAUUACAGCUCGCUCAACUUCAGAGAUGUGAUGCUCGCCACGGGCAAGCUGCCACCAGAUGCUAUUCCAGGAGACCUGGCACUGCAGCAAUGCAUGCUGGGUAUGGAGUUUUCCGGCCGUGAUCCCGACGGUCAUCGUGUGAUGGGCCUUCUGCCAGCUAAAGGCUUGGCGACAUGCGUGGAUGCUGAUAAAAGAUUCCUCUGGGAUGUCCCCUCGAGCUGGACUCUGGAGCAGGCUGCCUCCGUGCCGGUGGUCUACGCCACAGCCUACUACUCUCUAGUGGUUCGCGGCAGGCUGCGCCCUGGAGAAAGUGUUCUCAUCCACUCGGGGUCGGGGGGUGUUGGGCAGGCCGCCAUCGCCAUUGCUCUCAGCAAAAAUUGCAAAGUCUUCACAACAGUUGGCUCAGCGGAGAAGCGCGCUUACCUGCAGGAGAGGUUCCCCCGGCUCUCGGCAGAUUCCUUCGCCAAUUCCCGGGACGCAUCUUUUGAACAGCACGUCCUUCUCCACACUCAGGGCAAAGGUGUGAACGUGGUGCUGAACUCUCUGGCUGAGGAGAAGCUGCAAGCUAGUCUUCGCUGUCUUGCACGACAUGGACGAUUCCUGGAGAUUGGCAAAUACGACCUUUCCAACAACUCGCCCCUCGGCAUGGCGCUUUUCUUGAAGAAUGUGGCAUUCCACGGCAUCUUGCUGGAUGCUCUCUUUGAAGAGGGCAAUCGUGAGUGGGAGGAGGUGUCGCAGCUGCUCCAGGGGGGUAUUGCGGAAGGUGUCGUCCAGCCUCUAAAGACCACGGUCUUCCAGAGGGACCAAGUCGAGGAGGCAUUUCGAUUCAUGGCCCAAGGCAAACAUAUUGGCAAGGUUCUUCUGCAGGUGUGUCACGAGGAGACUGAUGCAUCCGUCCAAACCGCGUCCCCUUUAACGAUCCCGGCCCUCCGUCGUACCUACUGCCUCGCCUCCCACUCGUACAUCAUCACCGGGGGGCUCGGCGGCUUCGGCCUCGAGCUCGCUCAGUGGCUGACUGAAAAGGGAGUCCGCAAGUUGGUGCUAACUUCCAGAUCUGGGAUCAGGAACGGUUACCAAGCAAAGCGUGUGAGUGAAUGGCAAAGUCGGAACGUGGAGGUGUUGGUCUCGACCAGUGACGUCGGCACACUUGAGGGAGCGGAAAAGCUCAUUGCUGAGGCCUGCAGGCUGGGUCCAGUUGGUGGGGUCUUCCACCUUGCCAUGGUUUUGAAAGAUGGCUUGCUGGAGAAUCUGACUCCUCAGCAGUUCCUCGAUGUGAACAAACCGAAAUACGAUGGCACCUUGAACCUUGACAAAGUCACAAGACAAUCCUGUCCAGAGCUGGCUUAUUUCGUUGCAUUCUCAUCUGUCAGCUGCGGCCGCGGCAACGCCGGCCAAAGUAAUUACGGUUACGCCAACUCUGCCAUGGAGCGCGUGUGUGAGAAGAGGCGUCACGAUGGCCUUCCUGGACUCGCAGUCCAGUGGGGGGCCAUUGGGGAUGUGGGCGUGGUGCUGGAGAGUAUGGGUGGCAAUGACGCCGUCAUUGGUGGCACCCUGCCGCAGAGGAUGGCUUCUUGCCUGGAUGUGCUCGACCACUUCCUGUGUCAGCGGAGCCCCGUGAUGUCAAGCUUUGUGCUAGCGGAGCGCAUUGUGGCAAAGAGCGAGGCGGGGAGCCAGAAGGACUUGGUGGACGCUGUAGCUCACAUUCUGGGUGUGCGCGAUGUCAACAGCCUGAACGCCGAUGCCUCAUUGGCUGACUUAGGCCUUGACUCGUUAAUGGGCGUGGAGGUUCGCCAGACUCUCGAGCGCGACUAUGACAUCGUUAUGGCCAUGAGAGAGAUCCGGCAGCUUACGAUCAACAAGCUGCGUGAACUGUCCAAUAAGAAGCCAGAAGGAUCAAAUGUGAAAAAGGACGUCAUUCGAACCUUGUCGGAGUCGAGUCUGACAAAGCUCCUCGUCAACCCAGACGGCCCCACGGUGACGUCACUCAACGAUGUGCAGAACCAGGAGAGGCCGCUCUUCCUCGUGCACCCAAUUGAGGGCUCCAUUGCUGCUUUCAAGACACUUGCCUCCAAGCUUGACGUGCCUUGCUAUGGCUUGCAGUGCACCAAAGAUGCUCCGCUGGACAGCAUCCAAUCUCUGGCAGCCUACUAUGUAGAUUGCAUUCGACGCGUCCAGCCCGACGGACUGUACCGAAUCGCCGGCUACUCAUUUGGUGCCUGCGUAGCGUUUGAAAUGUGCACUCAGCUGCAGAGGCAGAAACUGCCCGUAGAGAAUCUCUUCCUGUUUGACGGAUCCCACUCAUACGUGGCUGCCUAUACGCAGAGCUAUAGGGCCAAGCUAACACCAGAAAAAGAAUCCGAGGCUGAAACUGAAGCCUUGUGCGCCUUCAUCCAGCAGUUCAUGGACACCGAGUACAGCAAGCUUCUGGAUGCUCUUCUCCCGCUUCCGGACUUGGAGGCUCGCGUCAACACAGCCGUGGACCUCAUCACAUCUACCCACAAGAACAUCAGCCGGGAUUUGCUGAAUUUCGCGGCCUCCGCCUUUUACCGCAAGUUGAAGGCAGCCGACAGCUACGUACCGGCUACAAAAUACAAUGGCAACGUGUUGUUACUGCGCGCCAAAACCAGCAGCGAAUACGGACGAACCCUGGGAGCCGACUACAAGCUCAGCGAGGUUUGUGACGGCAAGGUGUCAGUCCACGUCAUUGAGGGCGACCACCACACAUUUUUGGAAGGAGAGGGAGCGGACUCCAUCAGCAGCAUCAUUCACAGCUCACUGGCUGAGCAAAGAGUCACGGCAAGGGAGGGUUAAAACAUACCAUUCCACACACGAUUUUGUUUGUUAGGAUGUGUACCCAAUUACUUUGUUUAAUUUAGGGAAUAUCCUAAGUUUUGCACACCACACGUUUACAUUUUGUGCCAUUUUACUACAUUAAUCAUUAUUUAACACUUUUUUUUUAAUACCGUUGAAUUGAAGGAAAUUCGCUCUCUCACCAAAUGUCAUGAAACUGCUGUCUCUUACCCCACUUGGCAAAACAUUUGUGCUAUGAACAGAUUUUAAGGAAUGUCUACCUUGGAAUUUAACUCUAAUUUUUACAGACAAACAAGUUAUCAUUUCAUUUUUUUUAAUCUCACUUUAAUGCACCUAUUUUCACCUCGUACAGGGUAUUGUGGCGAUAAUCAGAUACAAUGAUAUUUCACAAAAAGCUUGACUAAAUUCCCCCCCCCCCCCAUGUCUGUCAGUAUUAUUUCAAAAGUGGGGUUUUUUGUUGUGGUUUAUUUUAUUUGUAUUCUCAUCGAAGAUUGUGUUGAAUUUGACACUAUGGUCAUGACAAUUACAGAGCUCACCCCACUCGGUGGACCAUGUAUAAUCUUAAGAGGUGAGAAGGGGGAAUUCACCUACAUUUUUCUUUCUGGCAAACAUUUUUUUCUCUCCUGAAUAAUGGACAGAAAGACCUUUUGUGCUUGUGGUACUGUUAACAUGAUGUUGGACCUAAACCUCUUACACAUACCGGUAGCUAUGUUAGUAACACUUGUUGUUGUAUGCAAACCUUCAUGCACACCUGAUUAGGUCCUCUGUCUAACUGAGACCCCUGCUGACUUUGUUGUCUUACUUUUAGCUUUAUCAUUUUAUCCAGCAGGCAGUCUGGUCUCCCCUGCAGGCAACGGUCAACUAAUCUCUGAGACUUGUGAUCUGGUCAAUGAAGGGUUGGGUCAGGGACAAGACGAGGACAAAGAACCAUUCUUUAUUAUUAAUUAUUGUCCAAUGUAUUUGAGAUGUAUUGAUACAGCUAAUAAAAACCUCUCACUAAGUA